UUCAGGACGAUAAUUUUGUCUACGGCGGUGCAGUUACCCAAGGACGGCCGCUGAGGUGCCCGUCACAGGAGCGCAGGUAACGCAGGGCACACUUUUACACAUCACCCUUCGGUUCUCCCGGCCGCGUCCCGCCCGACGGACACUUCCCCCGUCACUCGCCCCGUUUCUUGCGGAGGCGGCGGCCGGAGCCAAGGGCGACAAACGCCCGCCCCCGUACGGAGGGGGCGGGCCGACCCCGGCACGGCACGGGAAGGAAGGACACGACACGGCUCGGCUCGGCUUCAGCAGCAGUUCCUUUGUCCGCGGUCAUGUCGGGGCCGGAGCGGCCGGCAGGCCACGUCCAGUUGGAUAGCAGACCUAUAUUAUCUACCACAGAUGGAAAUCAGAACAUCACAGAAGUAGAUGCAUUCGAUACAAGGCAAACACAUGAUCCUGCAGCGCAGUACAAAAUGAACCAUCAAAGAAGAGGAAUUGCAUUAAUCUUCAAUCAUGAACACUUUUUUUGGCAUUUAAAAAUGCCAGACAGACGUGGGACUUUAGCAGACAGAAACAAUCUGAAACGCAGUUUGACAGACCUUGGAUUUGAAGUCAGAGUUUUUGAUGAUCUGAAAGCAGAAGGCGUGCUGCAGGAAAUUUAUGAAGCCUCUCUGGAUGACCACAGUAAUGCUGACUGCUUUGUUUGUGUGUUCCUGAGUCAUGGCGAGAAUGAUCAUGUUUACGCAUAUGAUGCCAAAAUCAAAAUUGAGACAAUCACAGACAUGUUCAGAGGAGACAAGUGCCGGAGUCUAGUAGGAAAACCAAAGAUAUUUAUCAUUCAGGCAUGUCGAGGUGAUAAACAUGAUGAUCCAGUUAUUGCUCAUGAUUCAACAGACAGUAGCAACGAAUCCACUGUCAAUGAGACUGAAGUGGAUGCAGCUGGUGUCUAUACUCUGCCCGCUGGUGCAGACUUUAUCAUGUGCUACUCUGUAGCGCAGGGCUACUACUCUCAUCGUGAGACUGUAAAUGGCUCCUGGUACAUUCAAGAUCUGUGUGAAACGCUUCGGAAGCACGGGUCUUCCUUGGAGUUCACAGAGCUUCUUACUGUCGUUAACAGGAAAGUAUCUUACCGCAAAGUGGAUGUGUGCAGAGACAGUAAUGCUAUAGGAAAAAAACAGAUUCCUUGUUUUGCCUCAAUGUUAACUAAAAAAUUGUAUUUUCAUCCAAAAUCUCAGUAGAUUGUUAUUUAACAACGAUGACCAUUAACUACUACUUGCUGCAGAAAUGAAAACACCAUCUUAGUUCAGGAAACUUUAAUACUCUACAAGAUUGUUCGCAAAAUCACUGGAAUCAAACAUUAUAGUUCGUAUACAUAAUAGAUUCUAAAAUCUUAAAGCAAUUUUAAAGCUAGUAUUACAGCUCAGGGAAUUUGGGAAAAGCUGACUGGUCCAAAACUCUAAGGUGCUCAGAUUUUAUUGAAAUUGGUAUCUAGAUUACUUUUUUGUAAAAAGCCUUUUGCUUAAUUGCCAUCUAACUAUGGCACAUUUUACUACUUCCAAAACAUUUCUAAUGUUGCAUUAGAUUAACUUAUCUUGCUCCAAGAGCACACUUUAUAGGGAAUAAGUUUGUAGGGUAUCUUUUUAGAUUUGUGGAAGCAGCAUCCACGUUGCAAUUUUUGUGGCUUUAUUGAGCUUUUUGGACAUUUUUUUAUUAUUUUCUCUCAACACUAAAAAGGAAUUUAAUUCCUUGAGUACAGUUGUAGCAUUAAUAUAGGGUUAAUUAAAUAGGGUUAAUUAAUAAAGGGUUUCUUUUUACUUGAA